UAUGACCAGCUUCCUCCCUUUAAGAGCCUGACUAAAGCUCAAAUGGCUACGCUUAGUAGAUCUCAGAAGAAGCAGUAUCUAGAUGAAAUGGAGUACCGGGAGAAACUAUUAAUGAAGAAGCAAAUGAAAGAGGAAAGAAAGAGACGUAAGAUGUUUAAGAAAUUUGCUGCAGAGAUUAAAGAUUUGCCUGAUGGGUAUAAUGAAAAUGUGGAAGAGGAGAGUGGUGGACCUGCAUCAGUUCCAGUUCCCAUGCCAGAUUUAUCUCUACCUGCGUCUUUUGACUCUGAUAACCCGACUCACCGCUACCGCUACCUUGAUUCCUCCAAUCAGUGGCUUGUUAGGCCAGUCCUGGAAACUCAUGGGUGGGAUCAU